AUGAAUCCACAAAAUUCCGCAAUCAACAAUGAGUAUCCUACUCUAGAUAAUUCCAACAUCUCAAUUCAAGAGCAAAGCACAUCAUCAAGAAUAAAUAACUCAUCCACAAACAACUUCAACAAGGUUCAAGAAGAUGCUUACCGUAAAGUGAAGAUCGGAGAAGAGGGAAAAGAAGCCGUAGAACAGUUGCGAACGAAAUGGAGUACUGUCGGAGAAAAAGAUGAAAGGUUGGAGGUUCACUGUGUUGAGCGCGAGGGAGGAAGUGCUGCGUCUUUGCAGCGGCGAACGGAGAGGAGGAAUCGCCGCGUUCUGGCAGCGGCGAACAGGGAGGAUGCCGCGUUCUGGCAGUGGCGAACGGAGAGGAUGAAUUGCCGCGUUAUUGCAGCGGCGAAUGGGGAGGAUGAAUUGCCGCGUUCUCGUUACCAGAAGGGAGGUGCCACAGUGAUGAGCUUGUCGUAUUCGGGUGGUUCCGUUGGGACUGAUCGUGGUUGA